CCUUCUCUGUCAACAUCAUCGGAGCAACACGCGACUAAUAGCUAGAGAAUGGGUCGAUCCUCCAAAGACAAGAGGGAUAUAUAUUAUCGCUUGGCCAAAGAGGAAGGCUGGAGGGCGAGGAGUGCCUUCAAGCUUCUGCAGCUCGACCAAGAGUUCAACCUGUUCAAGGGUGUAAACAGAGCAGUAGAUCUAUGUGCUGCUCCUGGAAGCUGGAGUCAAGUCCUCAGUCGGAAGCUCAGGAGUCGUGAUUUGAAGGCUGAUGGGGGUGAGACGGCUGCGGGUGGAGAGGAAGUGAAGAUUGUGGCUGUUGAUCUGCAAGCCAUGGCUCCUCUUCCAGGAGUGACUCAAAUCCAAGGAGACAUUACCAAGGUGUCAACAGCCCAAGAGAUCAUUCGCCACUUCGAGGGUCAGCCUGCAGACCUUGUUGUGUGCGACGGAGCUCCAGAUGUAACGGGGCUCCAUGACGUGGACGAGUACAUCCAGGCUCAACUCUUGUUAGCUGCCCUGAACAUUACCACUCAUGUCCUGAAACCUGGUGGAACGUUUGUCGCAAAGAUCUUCAGAGGAAAGGAUGUGACUCUACUGUACUCUCAGCUCAAGAUCUUCUUUAGUGGGGUCACUUGUGCCAAACCUCGCAGUAGCAGGAACUCCAGCAUCGAGGCGUUUGUUGUCUGUCAAGAUUAUCGUCCACCAGAUGGCUACGUCCCCAACAUGUCUAAUCCCCUGCUGGAUCACUCCUAUGAUGUUGACUUUAACCAGUUAGAGGGCCCAAAUCGAGUCAUCGUUCCUUUCCUUGCAUGUGGUGACCUCAGUGCCUAUGACUCAGACAAAACGUAUCCAUUACAGCUGGAUGAUGCUAAAGAGUACCAGCACACACCACCGACCCAGCCCCCUAUCAGCCCACCCUAUGAGCAGGCCUGCCACCUUCGGAAAAACAACCUGUUGUCCAAAGAGGACGCGCCACCCUCCAGUCAGAACUCACAUGAAGCUUCUGGGAAUGUGUAAUGUGUAAGCUAUUUUCCAAAGCUGUAAAUUCAUUUCACUGAUCAGUUUAAAAAAAGGUAAUGUUUUAGAGUUUGUUUUCUGACUUGUUUUGUCGAUUUUAAUGCUACUUUUAACAUAGCCUUUACUAGAAACAAAAGUGUAAUCUUGUCCACAUCAUUGCUCGUAAAUACUAAAUGUUCUGCUCAAUAAAGUGAUUUACA